AUUUUUGAGAUAGAGGCAAGAUUUUGGAAAAAAUUGUCUUUCGUAAUUUUUUGAAAAGUUUGGUUUAAUUUUUUUUUUAUAAAUUAAACGUUUCGCGGAUAUUAACUAAUUGAUUAAUUUUAAUGAAUAUAAUUGAAUAAUUUACAUUAAGUUGGUGUAAAUUUAACUGCAAAUUAUUAAAUUUAUUUCUGUUCUUGCAAGUAAAGGAGUCAAGCAUGUCUGACAGAAACGACGCAAACAGCAAGCCAGUCGGCAAACAUGGGCCAUCACACGAGGAUGAGGUCCCCCACGAUACAUCCAGCGACCAACAAAACUCACCAUCUGAUGGAGGAAAAGUAGUGAAAGAAGACCAAAGUAGCGAUUCAUCGUCCUCCUACAAGUCAGAGCAGACCAAACAAAAACAUCAGAAACAGAAGAGGGGUAAAGACAAAUCAUCAAAAGAUAGCAAGGAACCAUCGGAACCGCACGUAGAAGAAGAAAGGAGAAAAAGCCCGGAUACCAUUUUAAGGGAGCUGACAGAGUCCUCAUCCAGUUGUCCUCCUCCAAUUGGAUCGUCUCAUGCAAGGGAACAGCCAACCGGGGCUCAACCGGAAGCUGACGUCGAGAUUGACAUCAGUUCACAACGGGGAGAGGAUGGAGAGAAGAGGAUGUUGUUGGAAAGGAAGACCAGGCAGGAGCAGGCUGCCGAGAGGGAUGCGGAACAUGAAUUCCUGGCGGCAAUCCCGAACCAGCCCGUCCAACUGCAUGAGCCCCCUCCCCGAACUUGGGUGAACAUCUGUUUCCACCCGGAAUAUUGGUUCCUCAGAGCAAUGCUGGUUUUCUCCAUUUUCAUAGCCAUGAUCAUAGUCUUCGCCAUCAUCUGGCCUCUCUAUCCGGUCCUUAAUUCCGUGUUCUCGGAGCACACCACUUGUCUGGUUGUCGCCAUCGAAAUUGUGUCGUGUUCGAACGAUGUCGAUGAUAAGCCCUAUUGCGUGAACAACACCUGCAUGAGAGCCACAGUAAGUUAUCUUGAGUGGAGAUCGCACGAGUGGAAGGAGGGCUUCCUGGUCAACGAUGACGCCAACGAUCGCGGGAAUUGCUUUGCAAAGCCAGAUUUCUCAUAUUCACCUUGUCGCACUCAGAGAAACUUCACGCACGCAGCCACAACAACUACAGCAGCAGCAGCAGCUGAAACAACAACCACGAUAUUCACAAACAACAACAGCAGCCGCCGCGAUGACGUCAUCAACGAUCACGAUGACGUCAGCAGCGACAUCCGUAGCGACAGACCCAACAGCGGACGCAGAAGCCUCGAUAUUGUCGCCACCACAGCCCCCAACGACCACAAAAACGUCAACCCAGUCGGCUGCAACAUAACCUGCUACUACCACAGCCACCAAAUUCGCGCCAACUUAACUGACGCUAGAGCCAUGGGCACUCUGAUGCAGUAUCAGCAAAGGUUAGGGUUAGUGACGAAGUAUUCGGCAUGGGAACUGGCGAUACUGAUACUAAUUCUCGUCUGCCUGAUCGCCAUUGCUGUACUGGUGGUCUGCUGUUUCAGAGCACGGCGUAACAGUGAUUCGAGAAUUAGACGAUACGGCUACGAGUCCAUUUAAACGAUUAAUUGAUUUAAUUGACCAAUCAAUCAAUUAAUUACUAAAUUAAUUAAUUAAUUAAUAAGAUACCUUGAUGUGUUACCUCAUUUCUAGCUGAUCAAUGAUUAAUUUAUUGGCACAUAAUUAACUGAUUCAAUGUUUAUAUACCGAUAACUGACAAUUUGGUGGUUCAACAAAUCAAUCACACUGAUUGUUAUUAUUCGAUAAUUAACCAGAAAACUAAAAAUUUAAUGAAUCAAUUAACGAUUAAUUAACUAGUUAAUCAAAAUUAACCAAAGUUACACUGAUUUAAUUGGAUCUAAACGACGAAUUCGUCUGCACGUUAAUUUAUUUUCCGACGUUUUGAAAGUUGAUUUUUAUUUAUUUGUUUGUAUAUGUAUGUUUGUUUGUAUGUAUGUAUGUUUGUUUGUUUGUAUGUAUGUAUGUUUGUAUGUAUGUUUGCAUGUAUGUACAUGUGUGUGUGUGUAUAUCUAUUAAUAUUAUUCGUAUUGCUCAAGUUAUAGUACGUACAUUUCGUUACUAUUGCUAUAUCGUUUGCCAGUUUAAAAGUUUAAAUAAUAAUCACACACGCACACAGACACACACACACACAUAUACACACACACAUAUACACACACACAUAUACACACACACGCAGACAAACACAUUUUAUUCAUUCAUUUUUUGAAAAAA